CAUGGCCCCAAUCUGUCCACCACCACCACCACCUCCUCCUCCUCCUCCUCCUCUGUAUGGCGCCCCCUUUCCUGAAAAGCCUGCUAUGCCCGUUAUCUUCGACACCGACCUCACUACUGUCGUUGAUAUGACGAAAGCUAAGAAUAUCGCUGUGCACAAGAUUGAUAAAUCGAUUUGGCACCUGCAAGACUCUGACCGCAUACUCAAAAGAGGGCCUAACGUAAAGGUCACAGAGGCCGAAGCUUUGCGUUUCAUUGCCUCAUCAACCCAUGUACCUGUUCCAGAAGUUUUCGGCGCUUACGAAAAGGAUGGCUUUGGUAAUAUUUUUAUGUCUAGGGUUAUUGGAACACCGCUGCAUGACGUUCUCCAUACCUUUCACGAAGCACAGGUAGAAAGAGUGACUACACAACUUUCAGGAUUCGUCCAAAGCUGGAUGGGUCUACGUGGUGACUUUUUUGGGUCUAUGGGCUUUAAACCGUGUCAAGAUGUCUUCUUUCAACAUUUACCUGCCGCAAACAUGCCAGACCGGAAAUAUGGCCCAUUCAGGUCGCAUACAGAAUACUGUAAUGGGCUUAUCGAUGCACUUCGAAAUUCCCGGCCUUAUGGACGAUUCGAUGCCAAUGAUGCGCACCUGAUAGAAAGAAUCCAGCGUCUUGGGGACAAAUGCGCUGUAUUCUGCCAUGGAGAUCUUACCCCAGACAAUAUACUCGUUGAUGACCAACUCAAUGUGGUUGCUAUCCUAGACAUGGGAGUUUCAGGGUUCAGUAUACCUGAACGUGAAUACUUUGAAGCAAAGUCGCGCGCUCGUAAUUCUUUGUGGUCUUCCAUGAUCGAUCAGAUAAUUCCAAAGAUACCGGAUAACACUUAUGCCUUACUAUUAGAACUUGAGCGUGAGCUGGUUCGAUAUAGUGGACUAUGAGGUUUACCUAAUCCAGAUCUCCCUUGUCACCCCAAUUCUACCUUCUUGCUGCGGUCCAUCUCCCACCCACUGCUGCUGCAACGUCUUUAGAAGGCUUCCCGACGAUUCCUUCAAUCCAACCUGAGGUACCGGCAGGGAGUAAUUCCUCAGCUUCGAGUGCAAUCACGCAAUCUAGAGUCCAGUCUUGACAUCGAUCCUGCAUUAAUUAGAAUUAUAUCUAAUCAGCAAUGGUGUCCUCACUUUAUUGUUCCGCG